UGGGACUUCUCCCUUGGAGCUUCUGUGCCGAGAAUCCGAUGUUGGGCUCGGCUACCUGGCUGAAUACAGCACAUCAGCCGAUGAAAACUUCUAUUCCUAGCCAAAGGAAGGAGUCCAGCAAAAGGCAGCACCUACUUUUUCAGGCUUGGAAGCAAGAAAGGGGGCAAGAGUUGGAGAGCGUGGAAUCUGAGAAGACAACUGAAAGGUGACAUUUAAGUUGAAGAUGGGUGGUGGAGAAAGAUUCAACAUUCCAGUUCCCCAAUCUAGAAACAUGACCAAGAACCAUCAACAACUUAAAAACAGGCAGAAGAAUAAAGACCAGAAUUCGCAGAUGAAGACCUACAUGAAGAAAGAAAGAGGACACGGAUGCAACUCAUCAUCUGGUGCAUGGCAGGCCAUGCAAAAAGGGGGAAAGAACAAUGUUCAUUUCCCCAGUAAUCAAAAUUGGAGUCCUACUUCAUCGAAUCGCAACCUGUUUUUCACACCUCAAACCAAUCAGAACUAUGCUGGAGCAAAAUUUAGUGAGCCACCCUCACCAAGUGUUCUUCCUAAGCCACCAAGCCACUGGGUACCUGUUUCUUUUAAACCUUCUGAUAAAGAGAUAAUGACAUUUCAGCUUAAAACAUUACUUAAAGUCCAGGCUUGAAAUGUAUCUUUUCAUAUUUUUAAAGUCACUUAAAUUUACAGGGUUUCAAAUUUGAGAAUUGUUAUUCCUAACUCCAGAUGCACAGGUAUACAGAACUAGAUGUUCUUGCUGCAUGUAGUCAGUCACUUGGAAGAGAAGGGGGUGGAAGUUUACAGUCCCUUAAUGUUUUACCUCAAAAGUUGUGUGCUGUAUUCACUGUGAAAUAGGUAUUUUCUCUAUAAUAAAUCUAAUCAAAUCCUGAACAGUCACCAUUUAUUGUAAGAUUAAAUGGGACUGUCUCUCAAAAUUUGGAAUUGUGACUACUUUUUAGUAUGGUGUUAGAAAACCAGCUUUUACCUAACUUAAUGCAGCAUUAACUGGAAAAAAAUGCACUGAAAGCUUUAGUCAGGUACUUUGUCGCUUUUCAGACUUGCUUAAGCAGGUUUGCU